CUCUCUGAAGAUCAACUGCCUGCCUGUCACAUUCCUUUCCCAGAGGCUGUUUGCUCUGGUUGUGCUAAGGGGUGAUGCCUAAGACGCAUCACUUUUCAAGAACUGGAUCAUGAACAACUUGAUCCUCCUGGAAGAACAGCUGAUCAAGAAAUCCCAACAAAAGAGAAGAACUUCUCCCUCUAAUUUUAAAGUCCGCUUCUUUGUUUUAACCAAAACCAGCCUGGCAUACUUUGAGGAUCGUCAUGGGAAAAAGCGUACAUUGAAGGGCUCCAUUGAACUCUCUCGAAUCAAAUGUGUUGAGAUUGUGAAAAGUGACAUUAGCAUCCCAUGCCACUAUAAGUACCCAUUUCAGGUUGUGCACGACAACUACCUACUGUAUGUGUUUGCUCCAGACCGUGAGAGCCGGCAGCGCUGGGUGCUGGCCCUUAAAGAAGAAACGAGGAACAACAAUAGUUUGGUGUCCAAGUAUCAUCCUAAUUUCUGGAUGGAUGGGAGGUGGAGGUGCUGUUCUCAGCUGGAGAAGCUUGCAGUAGGCUGUGCCCAGUAUGAUCCAACUAAGAAUGCUUCAAAGAAGCCUCUUCCUCCUACUCCUGAAGAUAACAGGCGAUCCCUGCAGGAACCUGAAGAAACCCUGGUUAUUGCCCUGUAUGACUACCAAACCAACGAUCCCCAGGAACUUGCCCUGCAGCGCAAUGAAGAGUACUACCUACUGGACAGUUCUGAGAUCCACUGGUGGAGAGUUCAAGACAAGAAUGGGCAUGAAGGAUAUGUACCAAGCAGUUAUCUGGUGGAAAAAUCUCCUAAUAACCUGGAAACCUAUGAGUGGUAUAACAAGAGCAUCAGCCGAGACAAAGCUGAAAAACUUCUUUUGGACACAGGCAAAGAAGGAGCCUUCAUGGUCCGAGAUUCCAGGACUCCGGGAACAUACACGCUCUCUGUUUUCACCAAGGCUAUUGUGAGUGAGAACAACCCCUGUAUAAAGCAUUAUCACAUCAAAGAAACAAAUGACAACCCCAAGCGGUACUAUGUGGCUGAGAAGUACGUGUUUGACUCCAUCCCUCUCCUCAUCAAUUAUCACCAACACAACGGAGGAGGCCUGGUCACCCGACUCCGGUAUCCAGUUUGUUCCUGGAAGCAGAAAGCUCCUGUCACAGCAGGGCUGAGAUAUGGGAAAUGGGUAAUCCAUCCCUCGGAGCUCACUUUUGUGCAGGAGAUUGGCAGUGGACAGUUUGGGUUGGUGCAUCUUGGCUACUGGCUCAACAAGGACAAGGUAGCUAUCAAAACCAUUCAGGAAGGGGCGAUGUCAGAAGAGGACUUCAUAGAGGAGGCUGAAGUCAUGAUGAAACUCUCCCACCCCAAACUGGUUCAGCUCCAUGGAGUGUGCCUGGAGCAGGCCCCUAUCUGCCUCGUGUUUGAGUUCAUGGAGCAUGGCUGCCUGUCGGAUUACUUGCGCAGCCAGAGGGGACUCUUUGCAGCAGGAACCUUGCUUGGCAUGUGCCUGGAUGUGUGUGAAGGCAUGGCCUACCUGGAAAAGGAGUGUGUCAUCCACAGAGAUUUGGCUGCCCGAAAUUGUUUGGUGGGAGAAAACCAAGUCAUCAAGGUGUCCGAUUUUGGGAUGACAAGGUUCGUCCUUGAUGAUCAAUACACCAGUUCCACAGGUACCAAAUUCCCAGUGAAGUGGGCUUCCCCAGAAGUGUUUUCUUUCAGUCGCUAUAGCAGCAAGUCAGAUGUGUGGUCAUUUGGUGUGCUGAUGUGGGAAGUCUUCAGCGAAGGCAGAAUCCCAUAUGAAAACAGAAGCAACUCAGAGGUAGUGGAAGACAUCAGUACCGGAUUUCGGUUAUACAAGCCCCGACUGGCCUCCUCCCACAUCUACCAGAUCAUGAAUCAUUGCUGGAAAGAGAGACCAGAAGACCGGCCACCCUUCUCCAGACUCUUUGGUCAACUGGCUGAAAUCGCAGAAUCAGGACUUUAGUAAAGACUCACUGCCAGGCCAUGAGCUGCAGGUGACUGAAGGCAGAGUGUCCUCCUUUCAUAGAGCAUUAAAAACUGCCACCAGCCUAGGACUCCUGGAGGCAGCUUGGCCUGUAGCACUGGCCCCUGUGAUGAAUGCAGCCUCCUGACAGAGACCUGCAGCCAGGUCACAGGCAAGGGGUUGGCCACCAAGCUGAGAGCAGGCCAGCACAGCAGCAAUGUCACUGUGUCCUCUCCGGCCUCUUGACACCUGAAUGCACAGACCUCAGUCUGACGGCUUUCAAGGAGCACUUCUUGCACCUCUUAACAAUAGGCAGAGAAGGUGUAGGAGCUCAGAUUCUUAUUUUUAACAUUAAGCACGGAUCUAAGGCUAUGGUUCCGGGGAUUUUCAUUUGACCCAACCACACAAUAUGCCAGUAUAUGGGGGCCAAGGAGAAUAAGAAACAUGACUCUUUUUCUAAGAAAACCAGUGAGUUGGUUAAGGCCAGGAAGCAUGCUCGGUUGCUGUGAUGCAGUCAGCCGCAGUUUCCUGCAGUAGAUGUACUGAAGCAGCUGCUUACACCAGAGGCCGGAUGUCCUGAGAAGCAGCUUCAUGAGGCUUCACAGAGCACACUGCCUCAUCACUCCCUGGAGGAGCUUGGAUGGAUCGGGAUGGACCAUUCAGAUCCCAUGAUUGGACCAUGAGAUAUCAGAUGUCUAGUCAGGAAUAAGAGGGCAUCUGAGAGGACCACCUCCCCCCACCCAAAAACAAACAAACAGAAAAAAGGCAUUACCGUGCUAAUGCUCCCAUUUUGUAUCAAGUCAUGCAAGUGACUGUGCCUCCUCUUCUACGCAGAGUGCUUAGGAAAUGAUUAUUUCGGAAUCCUCAUCAUUCCAGCCACUGGGAAUCAGCCCCCUCUCUGAAUAGUACUACCUGCAUCAACAGGGGGCAGCAUUGUGUCGGCCAGUGUGGUCUUACAGAGAGUAGUUCUAAGGUUGAGACUUCAAGUCUCCCAAAAUUCUAGGAGAGGGAUAAGAACUUUGUUCUUGGUUAAACUAUUUAUAUGGAAACUGAGUCAAGCACUGUGGUGCUUCCAGGAUAUACAGGAUGUCCAACUGUUGACUGAGUUCUUGUAUGGCAAAGUAGAUACAUAUACUGAGCUACAAGCCCUUCCUGGGAAAUGCACCUGAGUUCACAUCAAUUUAGGAAGAUAAUAUUAUUUCCCCCAUUUUAAAAAGCCAAGAAAUGUGCCCAAGGUGACAGAAUUGGGAAAUAUAGAGCUGAAAUACCAGCCAAAGUCUGACUCCAUUGCAGAAUCUUUGUUAUUUUUUUUAAAAUAUGUAUAUUUUUAGUUGUUGAUGGACCUUUAUUUUAUUUAUUUGUUUAUAU